AUGGAGUCUUUGCAAUUCCAAAAUAGAGCAGCUAACAACUAUAAUGAUAAAUUUAGCUUUGAACCAAAUUCACCUUUGAAUAAAGAGAACCGUCCAUUGGAUAACAUUUCACCUUCUAAGUUGAACCAGCCAAGUAGCUUCAACACAAGUCCUUUGAGACCAAGACACAGAGAUGGAUCAAAAGCGUUAAGCAUCAAACAUAAAAGGAUGGUCAAUGUGUGCCAAAUGUACUUUUUAGAUUACUAUUGUGAUUACUUUGACUAUGUCAUUACAAGAAGAGAACGUACAAGAACUGUUUUAAACAAUAUUAAUAGAUCGCAAAAUCCGGAAAUGGAGUGGAGAGCUUAUGUGAAUAAUGAAACAUCAAUGUUGAGAAAAAGAAGGCUGAAACCAAAGAACAAAGACUUUGAAAUCAUCACUCAAAUUGGCCAAGGUGGUUAUGGUCAAGUUUAUUUAUCCAGAAAAAAAGACUCAAAAGAAAUAUGCGCUUUGAAAGUUAUUUCGAAAUCUAUGAUUGUCAGAAUGAAUGAAACUGAACAUCUAUUAACAGAACGUGAAAUUUUAGCAGCAUCAAGAAGUGAUUGGUUGGUAAAGCUUUUGUACUCUUUUCAAGAUACAUCAAGUGUAUAUCUUGGUAUGGAAUUUGUUCCAGGUGGUGAUUUCAGAACAUUAUUGAGUAAUUGUCACACUUUGGCUCCACCACAUUGUCGUUUUUAUUUAGCUGAAAUGUUUGCUGCUCUUAAUGACUUACAUAAAACAGGGUUUAUCCAUAGAGACUUGAAACCUGAAAACUUUUUAAUUGAUUCAAAAGGUCACUUGAAGUUGACUGAUUUUGGAUUAGCUUGUGGUACCAUUGCAGAUGAAAGAAUUCAUUCAAUGAAGUUGAAAUUAGAAAAAAUUGGUGAUGUAUUUGGUAAACCAAGAAAAGAGAGAACCCUUCUGGAAAGAAGAAAGAUGUAUCAACAGUUGAGAGAAACAGAUCUUAACUAUUCAAAAUCCGUUGUUGGUAGUCCAGAUUAUAUGGCUAUUGAUAUUGUCAAAGGUUAUGCUUAUGAUAAAACAGUUGAUUAUUGGUCUUUGGGUUGUAUUCUAUUUGAAUGUCUAUGUGGCUUCUCCCCUUUCAGUGGUGAAUCAACUGAAGAAACAUAUGCCAACUUGAAAAAUUGGAAGUCUUAUUUUGUCAGACCAAAGAAUAGUGAUGGUACAUAUGUCUUUAGUGAUAGAACAUGGGACCUCUUAAGUCGUUUAAUUGCCGACAGUCCAAAUCGUUUGAAGACUUUUGAACAUGUUAAAAGAACAAAUUAUUUUUCUGGAGUCGAUUUUGAUAACUUGAGAAACAAAUCACCACCAUUUAUCCCUUCACUUGAUUCAGAUCUUGAUGCUGGUUAUUUUGAUGAUUUUGAAGAUGAGGGUGAUAUGGCAAAAUAUGCUGAAGUCUUCAAUAAACAAGCACAUGUUGAAAAAUUGGCAAGCCAAAGUAAUGUUAAACCACCAAAUUUCAUUGGGUUCACUUUCAAACAUAAAGGCCAAUUAAACAAUAUAAGAAAUAUGUUUGAGAAUAGUUCUAGAGAUCCAUUCUCAACCCUUUACUGA